AUGACGACAGAGCAUCUGCUCACUACCCUGAAGAGCCAUGAGAAGCUCAAAGGCAGCGCCAACUUCCUAUCAUGGAAGCGACGAAUUGAACAGACACUAGCCCAGGCGGGCGUCAUCGAAUACGCUCUCGGCGUGGAAAAAGGGGUAAAGCCCACGGCGGCCAAUCCAAACGAAGAACUAGGCAUCGGCAAUAAAUCAGAGCCCUUUAUCAUAUGGUUUACGGGCAAUGCCCAGGCCUAUUCGAUCAUCGAAGCCACCUGUAGCUCUGAUACUCUAGACACGAUCAGAGUGACAGUCAAUGCUGCUGAAGCCUGA